GGGCCCGGCGUCGGCGAACAAAGAGCGGCGGGAGGAGGCGGGGGCGCCGCAGCGGCUCCCCGAGCGCGGCCCCGGCCGGCGGUGCAGGUAGGUCCGGAGGGCGGGGGGAGCGGCUCCGGGAGCGGGGCGGGGGCGGGCGCCGCCCCCCGACAACCCCCCCAUCUCCGGCGGGGGCACCUGCCCCGGGGCGGCGCGGCGGGGCCCGGGGCCGCCUUUGUUAUUGCUUUUGUUUGGCGCCGAGCACAUGGCCCCGGAGCGGCCGCUCUUAAAGCCACAGCUCCGCCGAGCCCCGGCGCGCUCCGGGGUCCGCGCCCCGCUCGGAGGGUCCGCGCGUGGGGGCUGCGGCCCCGGGGGUCGUCGGGGCGCGGCGCGGAGGGCGGCACUUCAGGCGGCGGCGGGGCCGUGCCGUGACCCCGCGCUCGCGUGGGGACGGAGCCGCCGGGGGGGGCGUGGGGCCGCGUCCCCGCGGGGCCGUGCGGGCGGGCGGCCGUUCCCGGGCGGCCCCCGGCGGAUGGCACCGAGCGCCGCUAACUUUGUUCCCGUGCCCGGAGGCCGCCCCCGCCGCGUCCCGGCCGUUGCCGCGGCCUCGAAGUGCUGACCCCGGGGGUCGCGCGGGGCCCGGGCGCGGCGGGCGUGCGUGGGGUGCAGCGGGAGGUGGUGGUCAGCGGCGACACCGGGGGGACCCCGGAGCAGCGCGGAUCCAAGGUGCUGGUGUCUCGCCCUGCCUGGAGCCUGAGGUCCCGCGUGCCCAUCCGCCUCCCGACGUCACCAAUGCGACCAUGGGAACUGGCAGUGAAUAGGCGGCCUCCCUCUGCCCCUUUUAACCAACGUCGUUUCUCAGGGGGACCCUGCAGCAGCCCUGACCACCUCCGGCGAAGCCCCCCUGCCAGGCGUCAGUGGGGACGACGCGACCGACCUCUGGCAACCCUGCUGGGCCAGGAUGACACCCAGCUGCACCCUGCCUUCCCCCAGCAGCCGCACAUCCCUGUAGAUGAGCCCCGCGCCUACGCUCUCCCCAGCACACCGCCACGAAUGCUGCACCCGGCCGCUCACCCGCCCCACCAGAACCCAUUCAUGGUGGAUCUUCAUGACCAGGUGCACCAGGGACCUGUCCCUCUCUCCUACACGGUCACCACCGUCACGACGCAAGGCUUCCCCAUCCACACCAGCCAGCACAUCCCUGGGUGCAGCACCCAGCAGCUCCCAGCAUGCUCAGUGAUGUUCAGUGGACAGCACUACCCGCUCUGCUGCCUCCCGCCCCCGUUGAUCCAGGCAUGCGCCAUGCAACAGCUCCCAGUCUCCUACCAGACGUUCCCCCCCAUCAUCUCCAGCGACCAUUACAUCCUGCACCCGCCCCCGCCGCCAGUGCCCCCCCACCAGCCGCCCCACAUGGCUCCCUUGGGGCAGUUCGUGCCUCUCCAAGCCCAGCACCCACGAAUGCCUCUGCAGAGGAUAGACAAUGAUGUGGACCUGCGAGGGGAGCAGCACCCCAUCGCCGGCUUCACGUACCCCCCGUCCCACCACGCUCCCACGCUCUCCCCCUCCGUGCCGCUGCAUUACCUCCCCCACGACCCGCUGCACCAAGAGCUGCCAUUCGGCGUGCCAUACCCCCACAUGAUGCCCCGGCGGCUGAACACCCAGCGGUACCGGCUGCAGCAGGCGCUGCCCCCCCCGCCGCCCCCUCCACCGCCCCCUCCGUACUACCCGAGCUUCCUGCCCUAUUUCCUCUCUAUGCUUCCCGUGUCGCCGACGGCCGUGGGGCCCACGAUCAGCCUGGACCUGGAUGUGGAUGAUGUGGAGAUGGAGAACUACGAGGCGUUACUGAACCUGGCCGAGCGGCUGGGGGAGGCCAAGCCACGGGGACUCACCAAAGCAGACAUCGAGCACCUCCCGUCGUACCGCUUCAACCCUGAGAGCCACCAGUCUGAGCAGACCCUGUGCGUCGUGUGCUUCAGCGACUUCGAGGCCCGGCAGCUGCUCCGCGUCCUGCCCUGCAACCACGAGUUCCACGCCAAGUGUGUCGACAAAUGGUUAAAGGCGAACCGCACGUGCCCCAUCUGCCGGGCGGACGCGUCGGAGGUGCAGCGGGAGGCGGACUGAGGCCGGCGGGCGCUGUGCCGCACAAUUCGUUAGAGGAUGAGGACGUCGGGCCAGGGGCGGGGGCCGCUGCCCGCUGCCAGGGCCCGGCCGUGCGUUUACCCCCCCUCCCCAGAGCCUCUCCUCGGAUGUGGUGAGCGCUGAGCAGCCCGGGCUGCGGCCAGGCCAGCCCUCCUCCUCCGCCGUGGCACGGAGCGCCGCGCUGCAGGGCCCGCAUGGCGCUGUGCUGGGGGCGGGCGGCCGCGUCCUCCGCGCUCCCAAGGCGCCGUCGUCGCUCCAUCGCUGUCCGGGUCUUUGUACUCCGAUAGGCAUUAUUUUGUUCCCCCCCCCCCUACACACACACACACACACACACACACACACACAUACAAACACACACUCCCCCCCCCCGUUUCUCUUUUUUCUUUUGUUUUGUUUUUAGGGUCGGUUUUGUUUUUCUUUCUUCCGUUUCCUUUUCCGUCGCGUUUCUUUACUUCUGUGGCCGCUCUUCCCCUCGGCGGCGGGGGGAGAGCGGAGGGCGCACCGCAGCCGGGUGCUGGCGGGCCUGGGGCCGCCGUGGGGCCGCUCCGCACCGCUCCGUGUCCUUCCCGGGCGGGAGGACGGCCCCGGCCCCAACCCCCGCUCACCCCGCGCACGCACGGCGAUGCGGCCGGGCCCGGCGGGGGGAGGUGGGGAGGGGGGCUGUGCGUGGCGGCCCGGUUUGCCGCCGGGCUCCCGAGCGCCUCAUCCUGCGGGCCGGGCGGCGCGGCGCGGUUCGGCGCGGGGUUUUGCCGGGACCUCGCGGUGGGUUUUGCCGCUCGGCGCCGCCCCGGAGCUGCGGGAGGCCGGGCCUGGCGGUGUGGCGGCCGUCACGGCGGUGCGGCCCGAGUCGCUUUGCAUGAUUAAUUAGCGAGGAGGAGGGGGGGCGGGAAGGAGGGGAGCGCCCUCCCCGCGUCGCCGACGCCUGGGAGCCUCCGCGCGCGGCCGCCAGCCCUAUGUAAAUGUUCACAAAUAUGCAUGCAUGUCUGACCAGCUUGGAACGUGGUCUUGGCUACGUCUAGCCGGCUGUGGGGUGAGGGGGGUGGGGAGAGGGGUUUUUGUGCUCAGCUGAUACUGCCAUGCACUGUACUGCACAUGUCCGCAACGCCACAGCAGGACCGUGAGGCUUUCAGGGCCGUCCCCGCGGCGGCGUGUGCAAGGGGCCGUUCCCCGCGGGGCGGGGGCGGGCGGCCGGGCCGGGCCGGGCCCCGGCGGCGGAGGGUCGGCGGCCGCGGCGGGGUGUGAGGAGAGGGCCGCGCCCGGCAGGUGGGGGGGCGGGGCGUUCCCUCGCGCUGCCACGCCAUAGGCGCGGAGCGGAGCCGUGCGCGCGCUCUCCGCCAAUCGGCGAGCGAGCGCCGGUCUCCUCCCGGCCAAUCGGGCGCGGGGGGCAGCGGGAGGCGCGUCGCGAUUGGCCGGCCGCCCUUUGCCUCCCUUUCUCGGCCGCCCGCCGUGCCCGCGCUCGAGGCCCGCGCCUGGCGCUCCGGUUCCGCCGUGCCGCCGGCACCGCUGGGCUCGGUGCCCCCUGGGCAGGACCCCGGCCCCCUCCCCGUCCCUCGCUCAGUGACAGAUAACCAAAGGAGUCCCCGUGCCGCGCGGCGGCCUCGCGCCCCGGAGACGCCCCCCCUCGUCCCCUCCCGCCCUCGCGGUGCCCAGGGAGCCAGGAAAGCCUUACGGUCCUUUGACGGCGACUCGAAAGCUCACAGCUCGUGUGCUGCAGAAUUUAUUCCAAUGAGCAGCUACAAGUAUCAUUUAAGAAGAAAAAAAAAAAAAAACAAAAAAAGAAAAAAAAAAAAACCCAACAACAAAAAGACAAAAAAAAAGACAAAAAAAAAAAAAACCUUUAAAAAAAAAAAAAAACCCCAACAAAAAACCAACCAAUUAUUUAGGGUGUUUGUGAUUGCUGACUGCGCUGUAGAUACCACUGUUUACCAAUGAUUUCCUGUGGUGGGAUAGUGGACUGUUUACUGUUCUAUAUACCAGUCCGUGGGCCUCCGGAGCGAGCGCGGCUCCCCGGCAGGCGCCAGGACGUGUGUUCUGUGUUAGAAAGUUUUUAUAUAUAUAUAUAUAUAUAUAUAUAAAUAUAUAUAUAUAAUUUUUUUUGCUCUGUUACUUGCACAUUUUACAGUUACCUCAUUUUUCCCAUGUAUGUAUUUGAAAAAAGGCUAAUAUAUAGAAAAAAAAAAAAAAGGUUCUUAAAGCUCUAAAAGUGUUUGGUUUUUUUUUCCAUUCCAUUGGAAUCAUAUUGGUUUUGUAGCAUUUAACAUAACUAGUAUGUUGUAUUAUAUAUAUGUGUAUUAUACUGAUUGAAAUUUUUAACAGAUUUGUACUUUUUUUAAAAUGAAAGUUGCUAGUUCUGCUUGACCAAGUAGUGCAAUCAUUAUUUUUUUUAAUGUUGUGGCUGAUUUUGAGAGGGAUAUUCACUAAUAAAUGUAUGAUGUAUACCAA